AUGCCUUUCAAAGCUGGAUUAGAACUGACUGAAUUGCAGAAUAUGACUGUCCCUGAAGAUGAUAACAUCAGCAAUGAUUCAAAUGAUUUCACAGAGGUGGAAAAUGGCCAGAUAAAUAGCAAAUUUAUUUCGGAUCGAGAAAGCAGACGAAGUCUCACAAACAGCCACCUGGAGAAGAAGAAAUGUGAUGAAUAUAUCCCAGGAACUACUUCGCUGGGGAUGUCUGUCUUCAACCUCAGCAAUGCGAUUAUGGGCAGUGGGAUUUUGGGUCUUGCUUUUGCCUUAGCCAACACGGGAAUUCUCCUUUUUCUGCUGCUUUUGGUUUCAGUGACGCUGCUGUCUAUUUAUUCAAUAUAUCUCCUGUUGGUGUGUUCAAAGGAAACAGGCUGCAUGGUGUAUGAAAAGCUGGGUGAGCAGGUUUUUGGUACCCCAGGGAAAAUGAUUGUCUUUGGAUCUACAUCUCUUCAGAAUGUUGGAGCAAUGUUGAGCUAUCUCUUCAUAGUCAAAAAUGAGCUGCCUUCUGCCAUAAAGUUUCUAAUGGGAAAAGAAGAAUCUUUUUCGGCAUGGUACGUGGAUGGACGAAUUCUUGUUGUCGCAGUGACGUUUGGUAUAAUCCUCCCUUUAUGUCUCCUUAAGAACUUAGGGUAUCUUGGCUAUACCAGUGGAUUUUCAUUAAGCUGCAUGGUAUUUUUCCUGAUAGUGGUUGUUUACAAGAAGUUUCAAAUUCCCUGUGGUGCACUGGAGUUAAAUGCAACAUCACCUAUCCUAUCAAAUAGCUCAGCACAUGAACAUAUGUGUAAGCCAAAGUAUGUUAUCUUUAAUUCCAAGACCGUGUAUGCUUUGCCCACCAUUGCUUUUGCCUUUGUGUGCCACCCAUCAGUCCUCCCGAUUUACAGCGAACUUAAAGACCGUUCACAGAAAAAAAUGCAGUUGGUUUCAAAUAUCUCAUUUUUUGCCAUGUUUGUGAUGUACUUUAUGACUGCCAUAUUUGGUUAUUUGACUUUCUACGACAAUGUGCAGUCAGAUCUGCUUCACAAGUACCAGAGCAAAGAUGACAUCCUCAUCCUGACCGUGCGCCUGGCUGUGAUCGUUGCAGUGAUACUCACAGUGCCGGUGCUGUUUUUCACUGUGCGUUCAUCAUUAUUUGAGCUGGCUAGAAAAACAAAAUUUGAUUUAUGCCGUCAUGUUUUGGUUACUUUUGUUCUUUUGGUUAUCAUCAACCUGUUAGUCAUUUUUAUCCCGAGCAUGAAGGAUAUUUUUGGAGUUGUAGGGGUCACUUCUGCCAAUAUGCUGAUUUUCAUUCUUCCUUCAUCGUUGUAUUUAAAAAUUACACAGCAGGAUGGAUCAAAGUUGACUCAGAGGAUUUGGGCUUCUCUUUUCUUGGCGCUGGGGAUAAUGUUUUCCCUAGUGAGCAUUCCCUUGGUCAUCUAUGACUGGGUACAAUCAGGAGGCAGUGCCGAAGGCCACUGAAGUUCACCUGCUUCUGAAAAGAAGACACUCCUGUUUGCAACACACCAAAAUUGCAACCAUCCGUUCUGUUAUCUAUUCCAUCUUUUGUGAGUUUACUCAAAUCAAAUCCAAAUAACGAUUAUCCAGUACUGAAAACACUGUUAAUGGGUGUAUUUUCUUGCAGAAAACAAACCCAUUUUUCAACAGGCAUAUCACUCUGUCCCCGUGCCGCUCCCCCCCAUACUGAGUUAUCAGAUCAGCCUAAAGUCUGUGUUAAUUGUCUGUGAGACUAUGUAGAGCAUCUCUCAU